CAUCUAGACUAUUAAAGCGAGUGAUUUCGGUGGAUCUAGGUGGGAGGAGGCGUUCUGCCAGAUAUUGAGGUCUUAAACCAUUUAUAAAUAUAACAGGAAUCCCGCUAUUCUAUCAUGAUAAAACCAUAUUCUGUUAAUAACAUGGUUCAUGGUUGUUGCACAACCCCAUAUGAUGGAAGUCUGGACCUUUAUUUAUAAGUGUAGCAUACAGGUCAAAAGGAUAUGGGUCAAUAUCCUUGUAUUUGGAAACUGGAGUUUCGGAACAUAUAGGACAGGAGAUAAAACAUAUUUCUGAGGGAGCAAAUACUAUGAAUUAGAUCAAUAUCCUCCUUGUUCUACCACAAGGUAGUGUUCAAGGCAGCUUGAUAACACUUUCGUGUCUUCUUAUUUAACAGUGUGGGACACUUUUCAGUUAAAUUUCUGCUUCUUCCCUCGGGCAGAUAAAGCUGAUGCCGCGUUAGAAAUUUAAAACAAUAAAAAUUUUCCCUGGGCAUUGUGUCCAGGAUAAAAACAGAGGUUUACGAGGAAAAGUUACAUUCGAUUUUCAUGCGGCAUUUAACUAGUACUUAAGCGUCCACAAAUCUGAUUGGAACGCCUCCGGAAGGACCGCGGGAAGGCGGCCCGGCCCGAGGCCUUCUGGGAGGAGCAGUUCGAAUUAUCUGACGGACCCUCUGGCGGCUCCUAAGAUGAGGCGCGAGGACCUAUCCCAGCCGCGCUCGCGGUGCCUUCUGGGAAGCGUAGUUUCCUUUUCGCCGAAGUGCUCUGUGGGACGGGUAGUUCCAUUUCCUGUGGCGCUGUAGGCGGAAGGCGCGUCUCCCGUGGCGGUGACGGCGGUGGAACCGCCCGGUUUUGGGGCUCGGCGUUGGGAGGCCUUGUGGGAUCUGUAGUCCCGGCGGCUGCCUCGGGCCCGGCGGCGGGGGAAGGAGGAGGGAGGAGGAGGCAGGCAGGCAGGCAGGCAAGGCGGCCCACCGCGCAGACCAUGCCCGGGUUCACGUGCUGCGUGCCCGGCUGCUACAACAACUCUCACCGGGACAAGGCGCUCCACUUCUACACCUUCCCGAAGGACGCGGAGCUGCGCCGCCUCUGGCUGAAGAAUGUGUCCCGGGCGGGCGUCAGCGGCUGCUUCAGUACUUUCCAGCCCACCACGGGCCACCGGGUCUGCUCCGAGCACUUCCCGGGGGGCCGCAAGUCCUACCUGGUGCGGGUGCCCACCAUCUUCCCCUUGCGGGGCGUCAACGAGCGGAAAGGCGCCCGCGGGGGCCGGAGGGCGCGCCACGGCAUGGGGGGCGGCGGGGGCGUCUCUAUGGGCUCCGGGGUCCCCGGCGAGGAUGUCAAGCCGAUCGACCUGACGGUCCAGUUGGAGCUGGGCGGUCCUGCCUCCAUGGUCGGGGCUCCCGUCGGCUUGGCCUUCCUGACCGAGAACGGGCCGCUGGCGGACAGCCCCCCGGACCACUCGUACUCGCUCUCGUCGGGCACCACGUCGGAGGAGCUGCUGCGCAAGCUGAACGAGCAGCGGGACAUCAUUGCGCUGCUGGAGGUGAAGAUGAAGGAGAUGAAGGGCAGCAUCCGCCGCCUCCGCCUGGCGGAAGCCCAGCUCCGGGAGGAGAUCCGAGAGAAGGACCGCCUGCUCCACGCCGCCAGCCUCGGGGGAGGCUCUCGCAAGCGCCACGGCCUCUGAGACAUGCCUGGCCGCCCCUGGCCGCCGCCGACCCCCCCCUCCUCCUCCUCCUACUCGCUGGGGAUCCCCUGCUCCUUGGGUGACCUGUUUUGCUGAGGGCAAGGGACCAGGUUCAAAAGGAAGCGAUGGAAAUCGGUUACUUACUGUGGCAGCAACGAAAGCCCAGCCGAAAAGACUGCUCGGGGUUGAGGGGGAAAAGAAGCUGUUGUAAAGACAAAUGGUGCUCCGGAGUAGUGUUAAUGCCCAAGUUGUAUUUCUAGUUCCUUUAAGCCAGGUGUACUCUUUGACAGAAAGGGUGUCAGUUUACACCAGUAGAUUGACAACAUUUCCCUCUCCAUCCAGGAAGCCCAUACAUAUUGCUGUGAACUGGUUGUCUCUGAACUGGACUUAAGACUUCACUUUUAAACUGUAUUCCUGUGAGAUUUAAUCAACAAUCCUUGGCUACCAUAUUUUUUAAAACAUAAGCCUGGAUUUUUGGAGAGCGACACUAUAUUCCAUGGAUUAUGGAAUCCAAAGGACAGCGGCAGACAACAGCUGCUGUGGUACUGUCAGUGAUGUCUUUUGGAACUCAAGCCUCUGUAGCAUCAGUGGAAAAUGUCUUUGGUAGACUUGCAUGUUUCCAAUAAUCGGGUGUAGGAACUCCUGCUACUAGCACUCAAAUUACACUUGUUACAAAAUCAGUUUUGAGGAAGAUGCAUUACUUUUUACAAACAUAUUUGGGCUCUACACCAUUUACACUAGAGUACUUGUUGUUCAUGGUAUUAUAUGACAAAUAUUCUGCAGUAAAUGUUGGUUAACACCUUAGAAAUUGUGAUCAUCAAUGCAUUUUUUGUCCCUCUAUAUCAAAGAAAAGAAAACUUGGUGUUUUCAGUCUGCACAAUCCCCCCCCCCCGCCAAAUACAGAGUUUGCUAUUUUUGGUGCCCAGAUAAAUUCUUAGCAAAGAGGACAGCAGGAGCACAUAGUUUGUAUCCCUGCUUUGUAGUUGCUUUUUGCCUUUGUUUCUCUAAGUUGAUAAGUGAUUGUUGUGGCAAUGGCAUAAGGUUGGAUACAUGCCCUUUGUGGCAUUCAACAGUUGUUUCAUUUCUGCUAAUGCCUGGUUUCCUCUGGUACAACCUGUGUAGUAUCUUUCAUGUUCUGGGGUGUAUUAUGGCUAACGUAAGAGGAAUUAGGUUAAUUUCCAGUGACCCACUUGCUAUAAAACGCUGGACAUAUGCAGUACUACAUCUGAGUACAUUAGCAUAGCUAGCAAUCUGUGCUUGUUGACUGACAAAAAUUAAUGAUACAAGUUUCUAGAGAGGUAGCUGUGUUAGUCUGUGCAAGACAAAAACAAAAUGAAAUGAGAAACAUAGUGGUGCCAUAAAGGCAAACUUAAAUUUCAGUGUGAGCUUUUUUGGAGAAAUCUCAUGAAAGCUCAUGUUGAAAUAUAACAGUUGUUAAAAGUGCCACUACAUUUUUAUUUUGUUUUUAUCUGUAUUUGAAUUAAACAAGUGUGGACUAACAAGUUUACUCGUUAGAGAUAUUUAUACUGCCCAGAUUUUAAUUAUCUGCUUUCAUGAAUGGAAAUGAAAAAAGAGUUUGUGCUACAGUCCAAAUCACAUGUUAGAAAUGUAAUGGACUCCCUUAGACUACAGAAUAAAAUAGAUGCUUCCCCUUAAUACAUGCAGAGUGGUUAAUGGUAGCAUGUAAGAACCUGCUGCAUAUGUGCUCUGUGUUACUCGAUAAAUGAUGUAUAGAUUUUUCUUUUGUACUAAGAAGGAGAGAAACAAAUGGAUAUAGUUCUUGAUUCUCUCAACCCCAUCUGGUAACUAAAGAACAAAACUGCUUAAUAUUAAAUUGGCUCACAAUUUGGUGGAUGUGUGGCAUUUUGAACUGUGUAAGUAUCUUUAAUUGAAAUUAUUGUGACUUGCUGCAUUUAAUUAGUAUUCGGAUGGCCAUGUGUCCACUUCUUUUUAUUUGUUGACUAGUUACACAUUAAACAACAAUCACAAACAGAAGUCACAAAUGUAUAUUGCUUAUUCAUGUUGUAUAUACCUAGAGCAGUGAACAUAAAGGAAAAAAAGGAAAAGAUUGCUUACACCGAAAUGCUAAAAAAUGCACCAUGCAGAGAAUGGAUGUCUAACAUGGCCCUUGCUUCUAUUUACUAUACAUGGGUAAUAAGACUUCUACUUUUUUCUCUCCCAGGACUGCUGUAAUUCACUGUGCCAUUUAUUUGUGAAUAUACCAGAAGAAUGUACACUGUACACUCUCAAUGGAUUUUGUGGAUGCCCUGCUGUGGCUGUUGAAGAUUUGGACUGUACUUUGAACAACAUAAGUAGACUUAUCCAGUUGUUUGGUUAGGAGUUGCAAGAAUGUUGUCUGCUAUAUACUCUUAUCUUUCGGUUUAAUUCCUUUUUUUGUCCCCCAGACCUGGCAGACUUCAGUCCUAUGCUUAUGAAGUAGAGAAGGAAAUUGCAGAUAUGCUUGCUACAAAGUGCUGCACUUAGGUUUGGUUACAGAACUAUUCUUUUACUUUUUCCUUUUCUAUUUGUAUCUAUUGGGGAUCUUAAGCAACACUUUGAUCUUUUUUUGUAAAUAAGUCUCUGCAUUCUAGCUGACUGAGAGUGUUUUGAAGGCAUGUGUUGUGAUAGUUGUGGUACUUUCCUACAGUCAUUAUGCACUAAAAUACAGUAUGUUCAGUUAGUUGAAUCAUUGGACUGGUUAUCUGUUGGACUGUUCUAUUUUCCUGAUUAUUCUGAGGUGCUAACAAACAUGCUUAAUUUGAAUAAAGUCUAUUUCAUUUUGUUA